GAGGCGGGGCUUCGCUGUGUACGGACGGGGGCUCAGGGCGGGGCUUCGCUCUGUGGGCGGGAGCCGGAUCUCUCCGGAACUUCCGGGACUAUGUGCGUGCAGAUGGCGUCACCUGGACCUCCAGCUGCAGCACGCGGGGAUUUAAGUUCAUAUCUCUCUUUCCUAGACAAUGGCCAAGAACAAAUUAAGAGGACAGAAGUCCAAAAAUGUAUUUCACAUAGCCAGCCAAAAAAAUUUUAAGGCUAAAAACAAAGCAAAACCAGUUACUACUAAUCUUAAGAAGAUAAACAUUGUGAACGAAGACAAAGUUAACAGAGUGAACAAAGCUUUUAUAAAUAUACAAAAGGAACUUGCAAACUUCUCAAGGGGCCUUUCUCUGGAACCGUUACAGAAAGAGCUGAUUCCUCAGAAGAGUCAUGAAAAUGAACCUGUUAAUGUUGAUGAAGCUACAAGAUUAAUGGCUCAGUUGUAAUGCAGCAUGAUGUGAUGGAAUUCCCCCCCAAAAAAAUUCAAUAAAUUGUUUUAUACAAUUUUA